AUCUGAUUGGUUGGACAGUAAGAUUGAUACCUCCCCUUUCCUCUGAGGUGAAUGUCAGUCGGUUCUGCCUUCAGAGAGAGAAGCACGACCCCAGAUAAACCGAGAGACCACUACCUACCAGCUACGGCUAACUAGUGACCAGCUGGAGACUAGCUACACCAAGAGACCACUACCUACCAGCUACUGCUAACUAAUGACCAGCAGGAGACUAGCUACACCAAGUUAGAGACCAGCUACUGCUAACUAGUGACCAGCUGGCGACCAGCUGCACCAAGCUACCAGCAGCUAUCCGAGGCCCAGCUGAAGACCAGGCCAGCUGAAGACCAUCUAAGGCCCAGCUGAAGACCAGACCAGCUGAAGACCAGACCAGCUGAAGACCAGACCAUCUGAGGACCACCUGAGGACCAUCUGAAGACCAGGUGAGGACCAGGUGAGGACCAGCUGAGGACCAUCUGAAGACCAGGUGAGGACCAGCUGAGGACCAUCUGAAGACCAUCUGAGGGCCAUCUGAAGACCAGGUGAGGACCAGCUGAGGACCAUCUGAAGACCAGACCAUCUGAGGACCAUCUGAGGACCAUCUGAAGACCAGGUGAGGACCAGCUGAGGACCAGACUAGCUGAGGACCAUCUGAGGACCAGUAGAGGACCAGUAGAGGACCAGGUGAGCGGUCAUGACGGCGUCGUGCCAGACGUGUAAGACCCUGCUGCUGGCCCUGCUGGUGGUGUGGGGCGUGGCCUCCAUGGUGAUCAUCGCGGUGUGGGCGUCGCAGCCCGAGGCCACGCCCCCCGCGCCCUGCGACCAGCGGCUGCAGGAGGUGACGGAGAAGCUGGAGGGGGCCAAGGUGGUGUGGGGGAAGAACAAAGUGGCGCUGGAGGAGAUGGUGGAGAAGCUGAGGGUGAACCUGACCCGGCAACAGGACCGCGUCCGGACCCUUGAGACCGGCCUGGCACUCAGCGGGAGGAGCCUGGAGGCCUGCCGCCACGGACAGGCGCUGCUUCAUGGAAACAUGUCGUCUCUGCAGCAGCAGCUGGAGCAGCAGGAGCUGCUCUACAGGAACCUCUCGGCCCGCGCCGGCCGGCAGCUCGAGGAGAUGGAGGCCCUGCAGCAGAACGUGACCGAGGCCGCCCACAUCACCGCCUCGUGCCUCAGCCUCAACGAGGCGGCCGAGAGCCAAUCAGAGGCUGCCCGCAGCCAGACCAGCGCCUGCAUCUCCAGCAAGACCUACCUGGAGAGGAGGCUGUCUAGGUGUAAGGAGGAGGAGCUUCGUUCAUCUGAGAAGACAGCAGAAAGCUCCUCCCCCUCCUCCUCCUCCUCCUCCUCCCCCUCCUCCUCCACCUCCCCCUCACCUCCUGCUGUCUGGGUGCUCAGCCUCUCAGCCUGCUGGGUUCUGCACCUCUUCUCCUGCUCCUCCUUUCCCGCCAUGUAGAGGAAGAUGGGAUCAGGCUCAAGGGGUUCUGGGAGAAGGACCACCAGAAACUUAAACCAGGA